GGCACUCCCCACGAUAAAAGGAUCACAUUCAUGCUUGGCAAUUAACGGAAGGUGUAAAGCGUGUUUAUUUGGAAGAUAGAUUUAAAUUACUCAAGUUCGUCAAGUAGCGUUUUAAGUUUGCUUCUCAUAUAUGUCCAUUUAUGGGUAACAUCACUUGCUAGCGCGAUGCUUUUGGUACAAGUUGAUCAAAAUCCAUAUUUCCCUUAAAGAACAAGGAGCUUCCCACUGAUGGCAUUUUUUCACCAACUUCGGCUAUUACUUUGGAAAAAUGGCCUUAGUGUCAUCAGACAACCGCGAUGGUCUGUGGCACUCCUGGUCUGGCCCCUGGUCAUCUUUAUCAUACUUGCCAUCACCCGAUCUCAGUUCCCUCCUAAGCUGAGAGACUCAUGCUAUGUGGCUCCACGGAAUCUUCCGAGCACUGGCUUCUUCCCUUUCCUACAAACUCUCAUGUGCAACACAGACGGCAACUGCCAUAACAAGUCCUUUCUGGUGGGCCGGAGCACCUCAAAAUCCAAAGCAGCUUCCUUUGGGGCCAAAGAUGCCAAGAGGUUGUACCUCCUUCCCUCAGGCCCACCCUUUCUGAGCAGCCUCCAAACUGGUGGCAUGGUCCGCUCAGUCCUGGCCAAGAGUACAGCCAGCCAACCAAGUCUCAUGGGUAUCUGGGACCAGAUUCUGAAUUCCACCCAAAAAGGCAUACCAAACGACAUAUCACUAAUGAAUGGCUUCAAUAACACAAUGCUGGGAAACCAGGAAGCACUCAAUGCCAUGCUGGAGUCUGUGAGUAUGUUGAAGAAGUCCCUGUGCAGCUUUUCUCUGAGUGUCCUCAACAUGUCCACCCUCUCCUCCAUCGACCCUCUAACCUACGGCAUCAUCACCUUUUGCAAGUCAAAUGACACACUGCUGGAGGUCUCCCUGCUCACCAUCAACCAGAUUCUGAUGGAGGUGAUGUUGGCCAACCCUGCGGAGGCCAUGACAAUGGCAGGGCAGGCAGUGGUGAUGUUUGACACGAUCCAGAAAGACAGCUCCCUGUGGGAGGGGCUCCUGGGCCUGCCCAGCCUCCUGGUACCAAGCAGUGUUGACCAGGCCCUGGACGAGGCCCAGGCUCUUCUCACCAACAUACAGAGAACUAUGGCAGCUCUUCAGAGCAAUAUUCCUGAAGCUGAUCUAUCCAUCUCUAUGGUGAACCCUGCCAUUAUAGGGGGAAUCAACCUAGUUCAGUACCUUCGCAACUGGCCAGGCAGAGAUGUGUAUAUCUCUCUCGGUGAUGUUGUCACUGCACAGAAUGACUCAUCCUUAAUGAGUGAAGUUGUCCAACAAGUGCUACAGAAGGUUCAGAUUCCUUUAGACAAGGCCAUAGGGCUGACCAUGAACAGAUCUCUGGUUCACUCUUAUGUAUGUGACAAAAGCAGCAAUGCCUACUGGCUGCAGGCCGCCUGCAGCACAGGCACAGUGGAUACACUUCUUAGCUGGAUCAGUCCAGAAAAAGUGGCUGAACAGGUCUUCUUGGCCUGGAGUCAGGAUGCAGCCCCCAAGGACGUGGUAUUUUUCAAAGGACUACUGUAUAGCCUUUUGGGAGCGUAUGCCCCAGGAAACCAAGGAUCCGCUAACAACACCAGAUCCCAGAGGAGUAGUGACACGCAGCCACAGAACGUUGGGGAACAAUUAUUCAUGGGUGUAGGCGCAACUCUGCUUGAGCUUCUGAAAGACCUUCCAGGCUCGCAGUAUAUCCACAGCUUCCUUAUGGGCGGACACACGUCCAUGCAGCUGGCCAGUCAGGCCAUGGACACCACAGAGGAUAUGAUGGAUAAGUUGUCGGCCGAAGCCCAUAACUUCCAAAAGAUCUUCUUGUCUCUGAUGGCCAACCAGUCUAUGGCAGACCACUAUGCUGAGAAGCUCAUAAACUCCAGCACUGAGAUAUUGAUAAGGGUUCUGGUGAAACAGGACACCGUCAAGUGUGAGGAGCUUCUCAAACCACUGACUUCCAUAAGCACCAUGGACCCAAGGCUUUGGGUGACCAUGAUUUGCCCAGGCAAUGACUCCGACCUACAACAAUACCUGCUGGCCGAGUGGAUGCCUGUUAUUUUGAAGGCGACACUCUUCAUGGAUGUGGUCCAAGGCAAAGACUCAUUCAACGUCACUUUACCCAUGAUUCUCUCUGAGUGGCACAGGCUAUCAGCCACCUCGCUACGCUUCGGUGCGUUCCUGGAGAGAUUCUUCACAGGGUUCUAUAAGGACUAUUUUGAGGCCUGGGUUCCAGAGAACGUAACUGUCGACUGGCAAGAAAUUAUCAUGAAGAGGGGUCUAGCGGCAUUGGGGACAAUGGGGUCUGAACUCCAAAUGACCCCGAUGUGGCCCUCCAUGGAGACAUACUUUCACAUUGCAUACUGGAUAAUGACAUACCAACCCAAUAUAACUGGACCUCCAACCUGUACUCUUGAUCUUGAGACAUUCGUGCCCACAUGUCAGACUGGUUUCACCUGGGAGAAGUUCAUUCCUACCACGGCACUUCUGCUUCAAGAGGUCCCAGGCAAUCCUGAAGCCUUACUUAGAUAUGUGCAAGGGUCAUUGGCUUUUGUUCAAGGAAUCUACAGAGACUUCUAUACAGCCACCCUCAUGAAGUAUCUCAGCUCCCCAGCUGUAAUACCAGGAGACGGCUCUAUAUCCAGCUUACUGAUCAAUGUGACACAUGCUCUGGACAAGAACAUCCAUCUUAUUUCCAACUUGAUGAGCAUAGAGCAGUUCAGUCCCAAACUCUCCCUCUUUCUCCUCAACAACAUGCUUGAUAAUCUGGGAUUGAGGCCUUUGGAGGCUUUGUGGACGCAGGGUCCCCCUAACGCCUCCUCUGUCCUAACCAUAGCCCUGGAAGUGGGCAGGAACACCCAAAAAGUCUUCACCGGCCUGCCAGUCUAUAACUCACAAGCUGAGUUGGAGGACUUGCUCAUGCAGUUCUUGUCCAUGAACAUGAACCUCACAUUGCCUCUGUCCGUUAGCCUUGGAGACGGCCUGCUCACCUACACAAGCUCCCUAAACUCUACAGAACUGGCCUUUCUUAGGGAGAUCCUCAAGUCUCUCACCAAUCACACAUCAGCAGGCAUCACUGACACAGUCCUACAGGCUGUGGAACUCUUGAAACAGGUGCUCGAAGCCCCCAACAAUGACCCGACAACACUGAUCCUGGGCUACCUUCACCAGCUACAGGGGUUCCUGGCUUCUGCCAUCGAGUUACACAGGUACGAUCAGCUACUGCUGCCAGGAGGCAACCUGACUAUGGCCCAGGUCACUGAUCUCCAUCUGGCUGUAGUGGACCUUCUCCAGAUCCUCUCUCCUGCCUCCCUCCAGGCCCUCAGCCAGGCAGGAGAGCAGGCAGCCCUGGGUGCAUUUAUGCAACAGUUUGGAGCCUUCCUACCUCCUGAGCUCCAGCAGCGCUUCAUGGGCCUGAUCAAACACACUCAGGCCCUGGUGGAGAGCUUAACAGCAUGUUCAGUGACAGGGCAAGACUGCACAUCGGCAGUUCCCCAGGUCUUCCAGAUCCUCUCUCAGGCUGCUGAAGCACUGUUAGCGACUAGCGGAAACAUCACUAUCCAGCUGGGGCCAGUUAAUCCUAACCUGGUGACCCCAGAGUCCUUCUCUGUGACGGGCAACUUUCUGUCUCUGCUCCUGUCCUGGACGGAUGAGACCAACAUGUCCUCCUCUCCAGAGGCCCUUAUAAAGACCGUGAAUCAGAUCCUUAAUUUCCUCCAGCAGGUCACCAGUCAGCCCAACAUCAGCAUAUCUGCUCUCCAGGAGGCUCUCAGACAAUCGAACCUCACCCUAUGGCAACUGGAUAGAAUUGCCACAUUGGCUGGCGCGGCAAACAUUCCCGACCUCCUGGCUAACAUCUUGGGCAUUGCCAGUGUUCCUCAGUGCCUGGAGCUCCAACCUAUCAACAUAACAGCCGACAUGGGGGUGACUGACACCAGUCCAGCUAAGUGUGCAGUGGAGCUGAUAGACGGAGUCAGUGGCUUCAUCCAGCACCUGCCCAUGCCUCCAGGCAGCCAGUCAAAUUACACCGCACUCGUCGCUGUUAUCCCAAUCCUGGUCAACCAGUCUGUUAGCAUCGGCCUAGCAUCUGCUUCUGGUUCAGGCUCACUUACAUCCAUCAUGCAGGCCCUAACCAGCACCCUGUCAGGCAUUAGAGAGAACAUCAAACCCCUCUCCCUCGAGUCCAUCCAGCAAGUGAGCAAUGAGCUUAGUGUAGUGGAGGGUCUACUAUACUUGGCCUUUUCGGGACAAUAUCCCCUCCAUACACUGAACUCCACUCUGCUGGAGGACUCGUUAUAUGCCCAGAAGGUGUAUUUGGAGAUCGCCCAGUGGUACUUGAGGAAGUUGGAGAAUGUGACAAGCACCAGCACUUUUUCCGAGCUCCUUCUCCCUCUCUACUACAUUACUGAGAUGCAGCUGGCCCUGCAGAUCUCUCAAACGGAGGUUUCCCUUUUUGUCAGCAAUCAGGUUGAAGACCUAAUCAAAAACACCCAAAAUCCUAUAGAUGGCAUAGAGGUUAGCAAUAUAGGGCAGGCAGUUGCCAAGAUACUCCAAGUUAGCAUGGAACAGGUGAGGCAAAACCUACAGCUCCAGAAUGACUAUUACCAGGCCAUGGGGUACCCACGAGAUUUCAACUCAUCCAUGCUGAACAUGGUUGACACCUUGGUCCAGAAGUACCUUAACAUAACACUUCAUUGGCUGAGAGACCCCCAUGUGACCUCUGUCAUCACCAGCAUGCUCCAAUGGAACAACAGCUCCAUGAGCAUCACUGUCCCAGGCCAAGACCUCUUCAAGCUGCUUCAGACAAUUGCGCCUCUUCUAACACCUGAUGAACAGGCCUACCUUGUCCUCAUCAACCAGAUCACCCAGUCCCUGAACCAGGUUCUGUUGGUGGCCAGCCAACCAGGCGACUUGGAGAGUGAUCUCUUCAUUGGAGCCAUAUUGGAUGCAGCCAGGACUGUGCUGAGUAGCUUGACUGCCAUGACUGGUCCCCUACCUUCCUCAGUCAGUGAAAACAUCAUGGAAGUACUUCACAGUUCUCUCCUCCUGGCCCUAAGACCUGAGAUGGCCUAUGCCCAGGCCCGCAACCUCACCCUGGACGUCUUGUGGAGAGGAGAAGGACUCAUCCAGGACCUGAUCCCAAUGGCUGCUGAAUACCUUCUGCCUGGAAUCAAACUCAUGCGCACCUACUUUCAGAUCAUCUCCACAGCUGGUGGCACAGACAAAUUGAAUGAGAUCAUUCUGGGUGAGCUGAGCACAGUUCAGAGUCUCUUGCCCCCUGACAACAGUACGCAAGCCUAUAUGUCUGUGAUCAUGAGCAUCAGUCACUUCAUCUUGGAUCCCAGCCAAGGCAAUACAGGCCUGUGGCUGAGCUUUGAAAACAUCACUGUUGAAAACGUUGCCCAAAUUACUAAUCAGAUGGGAAGUCUUCUAAGCUAUCUGCUGCCACUCAUCAUCGGGGAACAAGGCAUGAAUUUAAGCCUUCUCACACCCAGUGAGAAGGUCUACUUUGUGCUCAUAGACCAGAUCACCCAGUCCCUGAACCAGGUUCUGUUGGUGGCCAGCCAACCAGGCGGCUUGGAGAGUGAUCUCUUCAUUGGAGCCAUAUUGGAUGCAGCCAGGACUGUGCUGAGUAACUUGACUGCCAUGACUGGUCCCCUGCCUCCCUCAGUCAGUGAAAACAUCAUGGGAGUACUUCACAGUUCUCUCCUCCUGGCCCUAAAACCUGAGAUGGACUAUGCCCAGGCCCGUAACCUCACCCUGGACGUCUUGUGGAGAGGAGAAGGACUCAUCCAGAACCUGAUCCCAAUGGCUGCCGAAUACCUUCUGCCUGGAAUCAAACUCAUGCGCACCUACUUUCAGAUCAUCUCCACAGCUGGUGGCCCUGACAAAUUGAAUGAGAUCAUUCUGGGUGAGCUGAGCACAGUCCAGAGUCUCUUGCCCCCUGACAACAGUACACAAGCCUUUCUGUCUGUGAUCAUGAGCAUCAGUGACUUCAUCUUUGACCCCAGCCAAGGCAACGCAAGCCUGUGGCCAAACUUUGAAAACAUCACUGUUGAAAAUAUCACUGUUGAAGAUAUUUCUCAAAUUACUAAUCAGAUGGGAAGCCUUCUAAAUUCUCUGCUGCCACUCAUCAUCGGGGAACAAGGCAUGAAUCUAACCCUUCUCGUACCCAGUGAACAGGCCUACCUUGUCCUCAUCGACCAGAUCACCCAGUCCCUGAACCAGGUUCUGUUGGUGGCCAGCCAACCAGGCGGCUUGGAGAGUGAUCUCUUCAUUGGAGCCAUAUUGGAUGCAGCCAGAACUGUGCUGAGUAACUUGACUGCCAUGACUGGUCCCCUGCCUCCCUCAGUCAGUGAGAACAUCAUGGGAGUACUUCACAGUUCUCUCCUCCUGGCCCUAAGACCUGAGAUGGCCUAUGCCCAAGCCCGUAACCUCACCCUGGACGUCUUGUGGAGAGGAGAAGGACUCAUCCAGGACCUGAUCCCAAUGGCUGCUGAAUACCUUCUGCCUGGAAUCAAACUCAUGCGCACCUACUUUCAGAUCAUCUCCACAGCUGGUGGCCCAGACAAAUUGAAUGAGAUCAUUCUGGGUGAGCUGAGCACAGUUCAGAGUCUCUUGCCCCCUGACAACAGUACAAAAGCCUUUCUGUCUGUGAUCAUGAGCAUCAGUCAAUUUAUCUUGGACCCCAGCCAAGGCAACACAAUCCUGUGGCCAAGCUUUGAAAACAUCACUUUUGAAAAAAAUCCUCAAAUUACUGAUCAGAUCGGAAGCCUUCUAAACUCUGUGCUGCCACUCAUCAUCGGGGAACAAGGCAUGAAUUUAACCCUUCUCGCACCCAGUGAACAGGCCUACAUUGUGCUCAUAGACCAGAUCACCCAGUCCCUGAACCAGGUUCUGUUGGUGGCCAGCCAACCAGGCGGCUUGGAGAGUGAUCUCUUCAUUGGGGCCAUAUUGGAUGCAGCCAGGACUGUGCUGAGUAACUUGACUGCCAUGACUGGUCCCCUGCCUCCCUCAGUCAGUGAGAACAUCAUGGGAGUACUUCACAGUUCUCUCCUCCUGGCCCUAAGACCUGAGAUGGCCUAUGCCCAGGCCCGUAACCUCACCCUGGACGUCUUGUGGAGAGGAGAAGGACUCAUCCAGGACCUGAUCCCAAUGGCUGCUGAAUACCUUCUGCCUGGAAUCAAACUCAUGCGCACCUACUUUCAGAUCAUCUCCACAGCUGGUGGCCCAGACAAAUUGAAUGAGAUCAUUCUGGGUGAGCUGAGCACAGUUCAGAGUCUCUUGGCCCCUGACAACAGUACACAAGCCUUUCUGUCUGUGAUCAUGAGCAUUAGUCACUUCAUCUUGGAUCCCAGCCAAGGCAACGCAAUCCUGUGGCCAAGCUUUGAAAACAUCACUGUUGAAAACAUCACAGUUGAAGAUAUUUCUCAAAUUACUAAUCAGAUGGGAAGCUUUCUAAACUCUCUGCUGCCACUCAUCAUCGGGGAACAAGGCAUGAAUUUAACCCUUCUCAUAUCCAAUGAACAGGCCUACCUUGUCCUCAUCGACCAGAUCACCCAGUCCCUGAACCAGGUUCUGUUGGUGGCCAGCCAACCAGGCGGCUUGGAGAGUAAUCUCUUCAUUGGAGCCAUAUUGGAUGCAGCCAGGACUGUGCUGAGUAACUUGACUGCCAUGACUGGUCCCCUGCCUUCCUCAGUCAGUGAGAACAUCAUGGGAGUACUUCACAGUUCUCUCCUCCUGGCCCUAAGACCUGAGAUGGCCUAUGCCCAGGCCCGUAACCUCACCCUGGACGUCUUGUGGAGAGGAGAAGGACUCAUCCAGGACCUGAUCCCAAUGGCUGCUGAAUACCUUCUGCCUGGAAUCAAACUCAUGCGCACCUACUUUCAGAUCAUGUCCACAGCUGGUGGCCCAGACAAAUUGAAUGAGAUCAUUCUGGGUGAGCUGAGCACAGUUCAGAGUCUCUUGCCCCCUGACAACAGUACACAAGCCUUUCUGUCUGUGAUCAUGAGCAUCAGUCACUUCAUCUUGGACCCCAGCCAAGGCACUGCAAACCUUUGGCCAAGCUUUGAAAACAUGACUAUUGAAACCAUUGCUCAAAUUACUAACCAGAUGGAAAGUCUCCUGCAGUCUCUGGUUCCCCUCAUCCUUGGAGAACAAAGCAUGACUACAUCCAUCCCAUCCCUUGAGAUCUUUAAUGAUAUCAACACAGUCAUCGUAGACAUCCUCGCUGGACAGGCCGACCAGCUCACCUGGGACAAGCUGCAAAGGAUUCUGGGGGAUCUGCUGUUGACCAUCAGAGGGUCCUCCAGCUGGGACUCUGUGCCCCCUGCUGUGUCUGUGAUGAGGGAGGUUGUGGGAGCCCUAGUUCAAAACUUGAAGGCUGAGACAGAUCUAAUAAUGAGCUUCCAGAUACCCCUAACUACUCUGAUAUCAGAGAUUAUGCAAUCUGUUAAUGCCAGUCAGCUGAACAUUGCUGAUGUUUUGGAGCAAAUGCCCCAGGCCAUCCAGAACACCGUGGAAUCUACCAUACAGGACAAUGCGAGCAAUGAGGCCUUGGAGUGCAGGAAUGUUCUGGAAGUUUGGUAUCAGGUUAGAGAGGAAGCUGGGCUCAGUACAGACACCCUGGAAAUGUGGUGUAACAUCAGCCUGCUGCCGGUUAUAAAGUCAUUCGAGGCAUCCAAUCAACUCUUUGCCACUCUGAAUAAUAAUAUGACGGGAAUGGCGAUGGCUGCAGGAUCAGUGAAUGGUACAGCUGCUGGGAUUGUGGCAGCUCUGCGGUCUCUUUACUGGGUCAACGCCAAUCUCACACGUGUCUCUGAGCAGCUGACCUCGGCCUUGUUGUACCAUUUCACCCAGUUGGGAGAAGUGGUCGUGAGCCCCACCACCCAGGCUCAGUGGACUACCAUGUUCCUUGGAAUGCAGCUAAGACAGAGUAUGGAGGGCAUCAGGUUGGCCCUAGAGCAGAUGGAGGCCCUGGACCCAAGCAUACAGCCCUUUACCAAACCCCUGGAGAUGGCCAUCAACUACACCAUGGAGAAUAGUCAGCUCCUGCAGAACGCCACCUCAGCCCAGGACCUCAUCAUGCAGGUGUUGGAGAUUCUUCUGACAGGAACCAAUUUACCCUCUGACACUCUCAGCUCUAUCCUGAACAGUGGCUUCUUCUUUGGCCCAGAGAGUAACUCCAUCAAUGGUGUCAUAAAGGAUGUGGUUGAACAGGUCAUCCAAAUGCAAAUGCUGGGAGACGUCCCUAUGGUCUACGGUGUCCUGGAACAGUUGCUGGCAGCCAAUGACACAAGUCUGAUCCUGGAGAAGGUGCUUGAGUUUGGUGUCUGGUGGGGUUCGACCCAGGCCUCAGGGGUAGACCUGCUUAGCCAGACCCUGCCCCGGAUGUACGAGGUGGUAAAAGCCCUCCUUUCCACCUUAACCCAGAUAGGUGUCCCUCUACCUAUAGACUCCAACGUGUUUGUUGACCUGGCUGGGAACCUUUUGAGGAUGCUGAGACAGAUAGCCAGCUCCAGCAAUGUGCUUGGCCCCAUGGACCAAUACUUGAGCCAAAUGCAGGAUGAGAUGGGCCUCCGGACCCUAACCAGAAGGAACAGACGCCAGGCCCUGUGGGAGCCCAGGAGAGAACCCAUGGAUGACUUUAUAGACCUGUUCUACAUUGACUAUGCUUCUCUAUUCCGGGCCCUCUCCGUUCCCCCCACUUUUCCUGAGAUCAUGGAGACCAGCCACAUGUUCCUGACCAACCCGGACCUGGCUGUGGUCGUGAAAGGGGUGACCUGGGACCUUACCAUGAAUUCGUCCCAAGACGAGGCCAUCGACACAGCUCUGGGUGUUCUCUCCUUCCUAACCCUUCCGACUCAGUGGAAGACCUAUGAAAGCCUGUUUGUGGAACUGGGUAAAGACAGCUGGAGUCUGGAGUCGCUGGCGAAUAUGGAUAAGCUGACUGUGGGUCUUGGAAGGAUAGUGGACGUAGCCAUGGUGCUCUCCCAGCAGCCGCCUGUCAACAUUGCCCAGAGGGUGGGACACAUUGUGAAACAGCUCAGUGACUCGGUUGCUCAAAUAGUCAGUGGACAGGGCCAGGGCCAGAACGUUGCAGUCAACUUCCUCUCUGCCGUCAACAACAUCUUGUCUGAGAACCUGAUGGAGGUCACAGAUGUUGCUCCUAAAGUCACUGCUAUCAUCGGCCACAUUCUCAACACGGUGACCAGGCCUGAAGCCCAGAUGACCCUGGCUCCCUACUUGCUGGCUUUAGAUCAGACCAUCGGCACCUUCUCCUCCUACCUUUCUGCUGAAGACCUUGUGUACUUCAACACCUCUGGGCAGAUGUUGAAAGGUCUAGCCCUGCUAGUGGCUUUCCCCAGGGAUCUGGAGAAGAUGGUUCAGGCUAGCCACAUCAUCUCAGACUCUCUGGACCACCUCCUGACUUUCAAGGGUGAGACCACCCUUCCAAACGGACAGUCAAUUCAGACAAUCACCCACCCUCUCAUCCUAAAUAGCGCCCUGGCUACACAAGUGCUAUGGAAUUUUGCUGAAGCCAACCUCACAUUUAGCAAUGAUCAGGAAAAGGAAGCCAUGGUCAAAAAGACCUUCCGUGCCCUAAUAGCCUUACUACCUGAGGACCAGAGGAUAAACAUCUUGCCCCUAGAGCAACACCUCCUCUCCGCCCUCUCUGGAGUGUCCAACACGGCCCAGAUCCCCCCCGCCUUCCUGGGGAUCUCCAGCCAGGUCACCAUGUCUGUACUGGCUAUGCUUAACAUGACCCACACCCCUGUGUCCCAAGGCAUUGCUAUAGGGGACAUGGUUCAGGUCCUCUCUGUGGUGUCCCAGCAGGUGUCUAUGAGCCUGUGGCAGGGCCUAAUGACUCCUACUUUUGCCACCCACAUUCCCAGCGUGUUCAUGUCCCUGAACCAGGCAGUUGGCACACUGAUGCCUCUAUUACCGGCUGAGGGCCAAAAGUACCUCAAUGUCUCGCUUCACGUCCUGGAGAUCACCGCCACCAGUCUCAACUACUCUGCCGCCACCGGAGACAUAGAGGGCGCCAUGAAUGUCGUGGCCAGCUCCAUCCAGACCCUCCUGGCAUCUGUGUCAGCCCCAGGGCUAGAGAGCACAGGCAGCAUCGUAGACCUUGAACACACCAUACAGAAGCUGCUGCUCGUGCUGCAGUCCGGCCAACGACCUCUGGCCCAGGCGGCUGACAUCACCCAGCUGCUCCUCCAGAGUGUUCACACCCUGCUGGGCCAAGCCAACGGCAGCGUGGAGGCCAACCUGGCGCAGGUGGUUCUUCAGGGAGUGAAUAUCAACACAGGGCACCUCCUGAUGAUCAACGACACCAACUGGACACACAAGUUGUCAGUAGUGCUGUUAGACAUAGCUGACAGGGUUCCUGAGGACCUCCCCUUUGCUCCUCUCAUCAAGAACGUUGCAAGACGCCUGGCCGCAGAAUCUCAUGAGAACCUGGCCCUCCUGCAGCUUGCCAUCCAGUCAGGUCAAGUUCUCAUCAACACCAGUUGGACAGAUGACAAUUUCGGCAGGAUACUGAACCAAAUGUUGUCCAUGGUGUGUGCCAUAGAGAAGAUGGGCUCUAUUCAGCAGCUGCUGCAGAGUAUGUCUAUCAGUCAGGGGCUGCUGUGUGAGACGGUGCUGCCUGUCACCCAGGCCAUGCAUGAGCUCACCAAGAGUCUGGUCCAGAAUGGCUCAAACCUGCAUGAUGCCCUCUUUGAAACUUUCAUCGGAGACCCCAUGACCUACGAUGUCCAGACUAACUGGACCUCCAUGUUCAGUGAUAAGUUUGGUCUGAAUGUCAGCUCCCUGAUGGAACUCAGCAUCAACAUGACCGGUCCAGGAGUGGCCAAAGUGUCUGAGAUCCUGAGGAACAAGACAGCGUUUCUUCUGGACAUCCAGACUCACACAGACAUCCCGAUAAACGCGGUAGAGCUGCUGCUUGACACCAAUCUGCCUAGCAGCAACCUCCAGUUCCUGUCUUGGCUGGUUAACAUGCGCUACUGCGACAACCCUGCCAGCCUGACCAUGAACCUGGCAGACCAGGUCAUCUUCAGUAUGUUCUGCUCCCUGCCACCUGUUCAGUGGUACAACUUCAUUGUGCUGAUGGCCCGCCACAUCAACUUGGAGAGUGUUAUUUACAGGCUGGUCUUGUCCAGUGAUUUGCAGAGCGUGGUGGGGAUCAUGCUGCAGAUGGCCAAGUUCCUGAUAGACAUGAUGGGCAAGCUGCUUCCUUCCAUCAACCGUCUGCAGGACUACCUGGUCUCUAUCGAUGACCUCAACCUGGUGGCAAACUCUGAGUUCCGUAGUCUGGUGCUCAGAAAACAGUCUGUGAUGUCCAGCAAAGCCACAUUUACCACCGUGUCUAAGGCCGUCUGCAACCACGGCAUCAUGUCUCUGCUUGGCAUCUCCAAGCUGCCCCUCAUGGACGCGUCUGACCCCUCCACACAGCAGGACCACACGAUCAAUGACCUGGUGGAGAAGUUCAAGAUCCCUCGCGAUGCCACUCCGUUCUGCAUGAGCCUUUACCUGGACAUGGUGAACACCACUGGGGGAGCCAUUGCCUGGGCCUUCCUCAAGCCUAUGCUACUAGGCCAGGUCCUCUACAGCCCUGACACACCCCUGACCAGAGCCAUCAUCCAGAAGUCCAAUGCCACUCUGCAGCAGUUUGCCAACCUAAAGAUGUACUCUGAAGACUGGCUGCAAUCCUCCUCCUUCAUCAUGCAGUCAGCCAAGAUACUGACCCAAACUCUGCCAAUGCUUCAGAAUUCCCUCAGCAUCCCUUUUGUCAAGGCUUUCAUCGAGAGUCAGACUAACAUCAAUGUGGGCAACAUGAAGGAUACGCUCAGCAGUUUCACCAACAUGACCACCAUGUUGGAGAGGAACAAACCCAUCGUCCAGCAGAUCACAACGCUGUCCUCCCUCAUGAAGAACCUCUCCUCCUGUAUUAACUUUGACCGUUACCGAGCCUACAACUCAUCCAAGGAUCUAAACACUGUGGCGGAGAAACUGGCUAAGACACGAGACCUCUAUGCCAGUGUCAUUUUCAAGCUGCCCAAGGAUGGCGCCUCUUCCAGGAAGCGCCGGGACACCUCAGGCCCAAUCCUCCCUCCCAAAAUGGGCUACACCAUCCGCAUGCACAUCGACAACUCCAUGCGUACCGACCGCACGCGGACCCCCUUCUGGAUCCGGAGCUCGCAAAUCUGGCCCCAGUCCCUGCGCUACACCCGCGGCUUCAUCUACCUGCAGGAGAGCAUCGAGAGGGCCAUAAUAGAGACCCAAACGGGCCAGAAAAUUGCAGAACCAGCGGUCCAAGUCCAGGCCUUCCCCUACCCCUGCUUCUACAGGGAUGAGUACCUGGAGAGCCUGGCUUUUGCGUUGCCAUUGGUAUUGAUGCUCUCCUGGGUGCUGUUCAUCGCCGACUUUGUCAAGAAGCUGGUUCACGAGAGAGAGCUCCGACUACAUGAGUACAUGAAGAUGAUGGGCGUCAGCCCCGCGAGCCACUUCUUCGCCUGGUUCCUGGAGAGCGCUACCUUCCUGCUGAUCACCAUCUCCAUCCUCACCAUCAUCCUGAAGGCGGGCCACGUGUUGCCCCGGAGCGACGGCCUCCUGAUCUUCCUGUACCUGUGCGACUACGGCCUCAGCAUCAUCGCCAUGAGCUUCCUCAUCAGCUCCUUCUUCGACAAGACCAACAUCGCCGGCCUGAGUGGCAGUCUGAUGUACAUCAUCUGUUUCUUCCCCUACAUCGUGGUCAUGUCCAUGGAGUCCACGCUCACCGCCGCCGCCAAGAACGCCCUGAGUUUGUUUGCCCCCACGUGUUUCAGCUACGCCAGUCAAUACAUCACUCGCUACGAGAGCCAGGAACAAGGAAUUCAGUGGAGCAAUUCGUACAUGUCUCCAAUGCCUGGCGACUCAGCGUCGUUCGGCUGGCUGUGCUGGCUCCUGCUCAUCGACUCUGCCCUGUACUUCCUGAUAGGAGCAUACAUCCGCACGGUUUUCCCAGGAAAGUAUGGCAUAGCAUCUCCGUGGUACUUCCCCGUGUUGCCCUCAUUCUGGGCAGACGUGCUCUGCUGCCGGGGCAGGAGAACUGACAGCACCGGCAAGGGUUUGCUGUUCACCAACAUCACGCAAAUGAACCAGCCUGUCUUCUCCUCUGACAAAGAUAAAGGGAAGAGCGGUCUCUCCCACCACGUGGACGAGGAGUUCUCCGACCUGCCCGUGGGUGUCGCUCUACACGGACUGACCAAGAUCUACGGCCAGCAGGCCGCCAUCCAGAACCUCAACCUUUCCUUCUACGAGGGCCAUGCCACUGCUCUGCUCGGACACAACGGUGCCGGCAAGACCACCACGAUGUCUCUUCUCACAGGCCUCUUCGCACCCUCCUCCGGCACCAUCGAGGUGUACGGCCGGGACAUGCAGAGCAACAUGGACCAGGUCCGCAAGGAGCUAGGGGUCUGCAUGCAGUACGACGUCCACUUUGACCACCUGACCACCAAGGAGCACCUGCUGCUCUAUGGGCAGAUAAAGGCCCCCCACUGGUCACAAAGGGAACUGCAGGAGCAAGUGCGCAAAACCUUGCAGGAGACCGGCAUGUACGCCCACAGGCACAAGCGGGUGGGCACCCUGUCCGGGGGAAUGAAGAGGAAGCUGUCCAUCUCCAUCGCCUUCAUCGGCGGCUCGCGCCUGGUGGUCCUGGACGAGCCUACCACCGGGGUGGACCCCUGCUCCAGACGCAGCAUCUGGGACAUUGUCAUCCAGCACAAGAAGGACCGUACCAUCAUCCUGUCCACUCAUCACUUGGACGAGGCGGAGGUGCUGAGUGACCGGAUCGCCUUCCUGGAGAGAGGUGGACUCAAAUGCUGCGGCUCGCCGUUUUACCUGAAGGACAAGCUGGCACAAGGAUACAACCUCACUCUCACCAAGAAGGCCCAGGAAACGGGCUCCAAGGUUCGGUUCAACAGUGCAGAGGUGAGGGCCUUCAUCCAGCAGCACGUGCCCGAGGCCAGACUGAAGGAAGGCGAGGUGGGGGACGUGGUGUACUCUCUGCCCCCCUUCACCUCCCACACUGCCUCUGCCUACCGCUCCCUCCUCUCUGCCCUGGACGCCAAUCUGGACAGCCUGCAGCUGGGCUGCUACGGCAUCUCCGACACAACCUUGGAAGAGGUGUUCCUCCAGCUGACCAGGGAUGACCUCGAGCCGGAGGAUGACAAGCCCUGGUCUGUGUCUGAAUCGGUCCCAGAGAUGUCGCCCCCCGUCGACAGCCUUCCAGAGGACCUCAGUGACAGCGGCUCCAGCUUUGGGGACAAAGCCAGUCUGACCGGCUCAUCCACAGUGCACGGCCUGGCCUUGGUCUGGCAGCAGAUCAUGGCCAUGCUGAUAAAGAGGUUCCACCAUUCUCGCCGGGACUGGAAGGGCCUGAUCUCCCAGGUGGUCCUGCCUGUCAUCUUCGUCUUGUUCGCCAUGGGCCUGGGCUCCAUCAAGAGCGACCUGCAGCACUUCCCCGAGAUGGAGCUGUCCCCUGUCCUCUACAACGUCGGACCUCAGUACACCUUCUUCAGUAACCAGAACUCAGACUCCAGCAAACUGGUGGACACCAUGACGGCCUUUCCUGGGAUUGAUAAUGGCUGCCUGGGCAGCCCUGAUAACCCGGUGUGCAGCAGAAACGCACAGCCAGACACCUGGGAGACCAAAGGGAAUAGCUCGGACGUGUUCGAACCCUGCGCUUGUGCCCAUCAGCAACAGGUGUGUCCGAACCACCAGUACCAGCCUCCUCAUAAGAAGCUGCCCUCCUCCCAGAUUGCUUACAACCUGACUGGCCUCAAUGUCGAAAGCUAUCUCCUCUCCACAGCUAACAACUUCAUCAGGGACAGGUAUGGAGGCUGGUCGUUUGGGCAGCCACUCCCUACAAGUCUGCAGAUGGACCUAUUGGAAGUGCCCAAAAACAGAACCCUCUCCAAGGUCUGGUACAACCCUGAAGGUCACCACAGCAUGCCGGCAUACCUAAACAGUCUGAACAACUUCAUUCUACGCUCCAGCCUUUCUGCUGCCAAGGACCCACAGCAAUAUGGUAUCUCUGUGUUCUCCCACCCCUAUCCUGGUAAAGUGGACGAGGAAGAUACCAUGAUUCGAGGCCUGGUCCACAUCUUGCUGGCUCUUUGUAUGCUGACAGGCUUCUCGAUUGUGACAGCCAGCUUUGUCAUCUACGAGGUUCAGGAACACCAUACCGGCUCAAAAGGACUCCAGCACAUCUCUGGCAUUGGGGAACCCUUCUACUGGACCGUCAACUUCCUCUACGACAUGACUCUGUACAUGGUCCCAGUGACCCUCUCCCUGGCUAUCAUGGCAGCCUUCGGCCUCCCAGCCUUCACAGAACAGCAAAACCUGGGGGCUGUCACCAUUCUGUUGGUCCUAUUCGGCUUCGCCACCUUCCCCUGGAUGUAUCUCUUGUCGAGCGUGUUCAAGGAUCCAGAGAUGGCCUUCAUCAGCUACGUGUCCAUCAACCUCCUCAUAAGCAUCAACACCAUCAUCUCCACAUCCAUCGUUUACUUCCUGGGAGAACUCAAUAAGAACAACGAGAACAUCCAGCAGGUCUACUGCACCAUGAGCUACGUGUUCCUGAUCUUCCCCCAGUUCAGCUUCGGUAAUGGGCUGAUGGAGCUGGCCCGCAUUGACAUGCAGGUGCAGGUCCUCAAUGCGUUUGGCAUCGACGCCUACAAGAGCCCCUAUGCCAUGGACACCCUAGGCCCCAUGUUCCUCUCCUUGUUCCUACAAGGCUUCACAUUCUUCUCUCUGCGGCUGCUGCUCAACAAGUGGCUCAUUCGUCGAGUCAGGCUUCUGAUCUGCCGCAAGAAGACGGUGCCCCCCACGGGUACCGAGGACGAAGACGAGGACGUGCAGGCGGAGUACCAGCGCGUGACCAGCGGGUCGGCCUGCUCAGACCUGCUUCAGGUCAACCAUCUGAGCAAGGUCUACCAGCACCUCAGCAAGAAGGUCCACGCUGUCAAGAGACUGUCUGUGGGCAUCCCAUCCGGGGAGUGCUUUGGCCUGCUGGGGGUGAACGGCGCAGGGAAGACCACGACCUUCAAGAUGCUGACUGGGGACGUCAGCCCCAGUGAUGGCACAGCACAAAUCAAGGACUGGGAUGGGAGAAUGGUAGACAUCAUUGACUGCCGUAAUGAGGGUAUAAACAUUGGCUACUGUCCCCAAGUGGACGCCCUUGACGACCUGCUGACUGGAGAGGAGCAUCUGUACUUCUAUGCCCGCAUACGAGGAAUCUCCAAGAGGGAGAUUGACCGGGUGGUAAACUACCUGCUUCAGAAGCUUGAGCUGAACGACCACAGACGAAAGAUCACUGAUAGCUACAGCUGUGGAACCCGCAGGAAGCUCUCCACAGCCCUGGCCCUGAUUGGACACCCUCAGAUCCUUCUGCUGGAUGAGCCUAGUUCGGGAAUGGACCCUCGCUCCAAACGCCACUUGUGGAAGAUCAUCUCCGAGGAGGUGAAGGGAAAGUGUGCUGUGGUUCUCACCUCUCACAGCAUGGAGGAGUGUGAAGCUCUGUGCACCCGUCUAGCCAUCAUGGUGAAGGGUCAGUUCAGGUGUCUGGGCUCCCUGCAGCACAUUAAGAACCGGUUUGGCAGCGGAUUCACAGUCAAAAUGUACCUGAAAAUGUAUUUGUGCGAUGUGGAGGUUAUCACCAACUUCAUGCAGCAGCAUUUCCCAAACACAUACCUCAAGGACCAGCACUCCAACAUGGUGGAGUACCACGUUCCCAUAGCACCUGGAGGUGUUGCGGACAUCUUUGACCAGCUGGAGUCCAACAAGGCCACACUGCAGAUCAAGCACUUUUCUGUCAGCCAGACCACGUUGGAUGAGGUAUUUAUUAACUUUGCCAUGGGGAAGGUUGGCAUGGAGACAAUCGCAUUAGACAACGAGGGUUCAGAAGAUUCCAGCAGCCUUGACUCCAUUGAGGCUGUAGACACAUAAGGAUUGCAAUCAUUUUGUCUCCAAUGUUGUGAUGUCUGGUGACCCAUUCUAUGAAAACUGCUGUACGUGAACCGAUAAAUCAUCUCUGUAUGAGCUUAACGUAAAUAUAUGUCCCCUCGAUCAAAUUACUUAAUCACUUUCUUCUUUGUCUUUUAUGUAAUUUCUCUAUAUUUAAAUAGUAUGUCAUGAUGAAGAAUAAUUUAAUAAUGCCCCAGAAAAAGAAAAAAAAAAUAUGUUAUAGGCCACUCCCUGACAUUGCCACUUGAUGAUUACUAUUUAUGUUUGUGGCUUAAAAAAUCAUGAUGUUGGUGUAUGACAGUGUCUGGACCCAUGUGCAAUUGUGCAGUAAUCUGUUUACUUUAUCCCAAAAAACUAAUAAGGGUUUCUCAAAUGAAGGAUCUUGUACUGUAAUAUAAAUGGAAAUCUAUAUAUUUAUGGUGAAGGUGCAAAAGCAGAUCAAAAUUACCAGCUUUUUACUCAUGUUCAAAUCCACAUUAUGACCUGUGUGUUAUACUGUGGUAUAAAUCACAUACAGAAAACACAAAAAUGUUUUCACAAUCACUAAAAAAACGUUUGAAAUAUCCGCACUUUUCCCCUCUCAUUAAAAUUUCCUCAGAGGGCAUGUUCUCACUGUAAGAAUGUGCUGAAUAUUUUAUAGACACUUUCCCUCUAUGGCUUAAGGCACAUUUCCACAUAGACUUGAAUGUACUGAACUCAUUGUUAUACAUUUAAUAAAGCAAUUUUUUCAAAUGCAA